ACGUCCGCUCGCCGGCGCCAUUCCCGUAGCCGGGAACGGCGGUGCGGCCUGUGACUAUGGCGCUGUUCCCGGCCUUUGCGGGCGUUAGUGAGGCUCCCGAUAGCGGGAGCGCCAGGAAAGAAUUAGAUUGGCUGAGCAACCCAAGCUUUUGUGUUGAAACUGUAACAACUCUGAGCCAACAAACUGAAGAGGCUACAGCUCUUAUUUCUGAAGGGCCACCACUAACAAGCAGGAGCCCUCUGAAAUCAGAGACUUCAGAUGCCGGGGACACAAACAGAAAGCUCAGGCAAGCGAGCAGGAGGAAGAAAGAGAAGAAGAGGAAAAGGAAGCGCCAGCACCGCAGCAGAGACAGGAGGAGGCGAGGGCGGUCAGGGAGCAGUGCGUCCGAGUCAGGCACUGAUCCUGGAAAGGACAGAGCUCCCAGAGGCUUCAGAGAUGCUGACAAAGAGUCGGAGAAACCGAACCAAGAAAAUAAUGCUGCUUCUGCUGCUGGACGUCACUGUGUUUGGCUUGAGGACAUUCAGGCUCUGACUGGAGAAACCUUCAGAACAGAUAAGAAACCAGAUCCUGCAAACUGGGAGUACAAGUCCCUCUACCGAGGAGAUAUAGCAAGAUACAAGAGGAAAGGAGACUCCUGCCUCGGCAUUAACCCUAAGAAGCAGUGUAUAUCCUGGGAGGGGGCCUCCACGGAAAAGAGGCGUUCGCACAAGCAUGUGGAGCGCUAUUUCACGAGGAAGAACGUGGGACUGAUGAGCACGGACGGAGUUGCCAUUAGCAGUCACACUGAACCCCUCUCAUCUGAGCCAGUCUCUUUUAUCCCAGUGAAGGGCUUGGACGAUGUGGCUCCUGUUACAACCUGGUUGAAUCCUCUGGGCAUUUAUGAUCAAUCCACCACACUGUGGUUACAGGGACAGGGCCCUUCAGAGCAGGAAUCAAAGCAGCCAGACUCACAGCCAGACCGAGAGAACGCCCUUCUCAAGGCCAAGGUGGAGGAGUUUAACAGGAGGGUGCGGGAGAAUCCCCAGGAUAUUCAGCUGUGGAUGGCGUUUGUUGCUUUUCAGGACGAGGUCAUGAGGAGUCCUGGCCUAUAUGCCAUCGAGGAAGGAGAGCAGAAGCGGAAGAGGUCGCUGAAGCUCAUCCUAGAGAAGAAGCUGGCCAUCCUGGAGCGGGCCAUCGAAAGCAACCAGAGCAGUGUGGACCUGAAGCUCGCCAAGCUGAAGCUCUGCACCGAGUUCUGGGAGCCCUCCACGCUGCUCAGAGAGUGGCAGAAACUGAUAUUCUUACAUCCCAACAAUACAGCCCUUUGGCAAAAAUACCUUUUAUUUUGCCAGAGCCAGUUCAGCACCUUUUCAGUAUCAAAAAUCCACAGUCUUUAUGGAAAGUGCUUGAGUACUUUGUCUGCAGUGAAGGAUGGCAGCAUCUUAUCUCACCCUGAGCUGCCUGGCACUGAAGUGGCCAUGUUCGCGCUCUUCCUGCAGCAGUGCCACUUCCUGCGCCAGGCUGGUCACUUGGAGAAGGCCGUCUCCUUGUUCCAGGCCAUGGUUGACUUCACCUUCUUCAAACCAGACAGUGUGAAAGAUCUGCCCACCAGGGGACAGGUGGAAUUCUUUGAGCCCUUCUGGGACAGUGGAGAGCCCCGGGCUGGGGAGAGGGGCGCCCGAGGCUGGAGGGCGUGGAUGCACCAGCAGGAGAGGGGAGGCUGGGUGGUCAUCAACCCAGAUGAUGAUGAUGAUGAACCGGAAGAUGAUGACCAGGAAAUUAAAGAUAAGACUCUGCCCAGGUGGCAGAUCUGGCUGGCUGCUGAGCGGUCCCGAGACCAGAGGCACUGGCGGCCAUGGCGCCCUGAUAAGACCAAGAAGCAAACUGAGGAAGAUUGUGAGGAUCCAGAGAGACAGGUGCUGUUUGAUGAUAUUGGACAGUCUCUAAUCCGACUUUCCAGCCAAGAUCUUCAAUUCCAGCUGAUUGCGGCCUUUCUGCAGUUUUUGGGUGUUCCUUCUGGCUUCAGCCCUCCAGCCUCCUGCCUCUAUCUGGCCAUGGAUGAGAACAGCAUCUUUGAUAAUGGCCUUUAUGACGAACAGCCAUUGACUUUUCUCAACCUUUCCUUUUCCGGCGUCAGCUGUGUUGGUCGCACAGACCAGUUGGGCUGCCGGCGCUGGACCAGGGGUCACAGCCGAGAGGGCGAGGAGUUCAUCUGCAACAUCUUCCACCUGGUGAUGCCUUUGUUUUCAGGCAGGGAGAGGUCUCAGCUCUGUUCCUCCUGGUUGCGGUACGAGAUCGCAAAGGUCAUUUGGUGUCUGCACACUAAAAACAAGAAGAGGCUAAAGUCACGAGGGAAGAACUGCAAAAAACUAGCCAAGAAUCUCCUUAAGGAGCCAGAAAACCGCAACAAUUUUUGCCUCUGGAAGCAGUAUGCACAUCUGGAGUGGUUGCUCGGCAACACAGAGGAUGCCAGAAAAGUUUUUGAUACAGCACUCAGCACGGCAGGGAGCGGAGAGCUGAAGGACCCUGAGGUCUGUGAGCUCAGUCUGCUCUAUGCUGAGCUGGAGCUGGAGCUGGCACCGGACCUCAGAGUGGCCACCGAGGCCCGAGCUGUUCACAUAUUAACUAGGCUUGCUGAGAACAGUCCCUAUGGGCCCUACACCGGGCAGGUCCUGGCAGUUCACAUUUUGAAAGCUCGGAAGGCUUAUGAGCAUGCACUGCAGGACUGUUUGGGGGAGAGCUGUAUUCCUGAUCCAGCUUCCCUUAACCGCCUAGUUAGCGUGGUUAAAUGCUUUAUGCUCUUCCAGUAUUUGACCAUAGGGAUUGAUGCUGCUGUGCAGAUAUAUGAGCACGUAUUUCCAAAACUGAAGGGCUCUGUUACCUCAGAAGGCCCAAGCCUGGAAGACAGUGCCAGCCCACAGAGUGCAAGGAACAUUCUCGAGGCUAUCACACUGAUGCACACGAGUCUGCUCAGGUUCCACAUGAAAGUCAGUGUUUACCCUCUGGCUCCGCUGCGACAGGCGCUUUCAGAGGCUUUGAAGUUGUAUCCGGGCAACCAGGUUCUUUGGAGGUCCUAUGUACAGAUUCAAAACAAGUCCCACAGCGCCAGCAAGAGCAGGAGAUUCUUUGAUGCAAUUACCAGGUCUGCGAAACCCUUGGAGCCAUGGUUGUUUGCCAUUGAAGCUGAGAAAAUGAGGAAAAGACUGGUGGAAACUGUCCAGAGGGUAGAUGGCAGAGAGGUGUACGCGACUAUUCCUGAGACUGGCUUGACGCACCGGAUCAGAGCCCUGUUUGAAAAUGCGAUCCGCAGUGACCACGGCAGCCAGUGUCCUUUACUGUGGAGGCUGUAUUUGAAUUUUUUGGUUUCGUUAGGAAAUAAAGACCGAAGCAAGGGGGUGUUCUACAAAGCACUUCAGAACUGUCCCUGGGCAAAGGUGUUGUACAUGGACGCUGUGGAGUACUUCCCUGAUGAGAUGCAGGAGAUCCUGGACCUGAUGACCGAGAAGGAGCUCCGCGUGCGCCUGCCUGUGGAGGAGCUGGAGCUGCUACUUGAGGACUAGAGACCUGGGGGGGAUGGGGGCCACACCUCCAAGGCCAUGUUGCCUGCCUGUGGGAGCCAGGGUGAGCGAGAGGAGAGGGUGACACGUGUCCAGCGUGUGUCAGCAGACCUGUUUUUAAAGUUUCUUUCUAGAUAAUGUGUCUGGGUUAUCAGUCUUUCAUCCCGCACAUUUUUUGGAUGUGCAAAUGAUGCAGUAAUUCUCGUUUUACAUAUUAUAUAUGUAAAUCUGUGUAUACAUGUACAUAGACAAGAAUCGGGCCAAGUGCUAAGUAAACCUAACGUGGUUGGUG